AUGAGUGGUAAGAAUAUUUUUCUUCAAUCUCCCACAGUACAUCCUGAGUUUGCACAAAGAAUUCAAUCAUUACCAGAUUUUAGAAGUAAAUUGUUAGCCAGUUACAAGCAGUUGUAUCGAUUAAGAAAUUUGAUUGAUAGAGGUAUGGAUCGUAAUAAAUACGGUUACAUACAAUUAAUAAGAAGAAAUUUCGAACGUAUAUCCUUCCAGAAUAGACGUAAUAUAGUACUAUCUCAUAUAAAUGGAGGAUCAUUACCAGUAGAAUUAACCGAAGAAGAGAUUAUUCAACGUUUAAUUAAUACAAUUGCAUUUGUAUUUAAUUCCACUGUUAAAAAAGAAACUGAAUUUACAGAAAAGGAUAUUCAAUAUUUCAAAGACUUAAAGAAGGUUUUUCCUGAAAGUAUGGAACUACAAAUAGUUCGAACCAUUAUAAGAAUGGAUAAACAAAAGCCAGAUAGAAUUAAAUAUGAUUUCAAAUACAAUUGGUUAUCCAACUAUAAUGAUAGCAUGAUCGAAGCUCGAAAAUAUUACGAUAAAUAUCCCACUGCCAGAAAAUUACCUGACGAUUUAAAUUUCGAUCUUAGUUAUAUUGGUUUCAGAAAUCAUGAACUUUUGGUUAUGGGACUUAAUGAAAGUAUGAAAUUAUGUUUAUAG